UUGGAGGAGGCAUUGUUGUGGAAGAUCAGCCAGAUGUGAGCGCAGUAUUGUCUGCCUACAAUCAACAGGGGGACCCAACACUAUAUGAGGAGUACUACAGUGGAUUAAAACACUUCAUUGAGUGUUCCCUAGACUGUCAUCGGGCGGAACUGUCUCAGCUGUUUUAUCCUCUCUUUGUGCACAUGUACUUGGAAUUGGUCUACAAUCAACAUGAGAGUGAAGCAAAGUCUUUUUUUGAAAGAUUUCAUGGGGAUCAGGAGUGCUAUUACCAGGAUGACCUGCGUGUAUUAUCUAGCUUAACCAAAAAAGAACAUAUGAAAGGUAACGAGACCAUGCUGGAUUUCCGAACAAGCAAGUUUGUGCUGCGUAUUUCCCGUGACUCUUACCAACUCUUGAAGAGGCAUCUUCAGGAAAAGCAGAACAACCAGAUCUGGAACAUUGUUCAGGAACAUCUUUACAUUGAUAUCUUUGAUGGAAUGCCUCGCAGUAAACAACAGAUAGAUGCUAUGGUUGGAAGCUUGGCUGGGGAGGCAAAACGAGAGGCUAAUAAAGCAAAGGUUUUCUUUGGCUUAUUGAAAGAACCAGAGUUUGAUGUGCCUUUGGAUGAUGAAGAUGAAGAAGGAGAAAAUGAAGAAGGAAAGCCAAAGAAGAAAAAACCUAAAAAAGAUAGCGUAGGGUCAAAAAGUAAAAAACAAGACCCUAAUGCUCCUCCUCAAAACAGAAUUCCUCUGCCUGAACUAAAAGACUCUGACAAGCUGGAUAAAGUAAUGAAUAUGAAGGAAGCUGCAAGGCGUGUGCGUCUUGGCCCAGAGUGCCUGCCCUCCAUCUGUUUCUACACGUUCCUUAAUGCUUACCAGGGUCUGACUGCAGUGGAUAUUACAGAUGACUCUAGCAUGAUUGUAGGAGGCUUUGCUGACUCUACUGUCAGAGUGUGGUCCGUGACUCCCAAAAAACUACGUAGUGUGAAAACAGCAGCAGACCUCAGUCUCAUUGACAAAGAAUCAGACGAUGUCUUGGAGAGGAUCAUGGAUGAGAAAACAGCAAGUGAGUUGAAGAUUUUAUAUGGUCACAGUGGACCUGUCUAUGGCACCAGCUUCAGUCCUGAUAGGAACUAUCUGUUGUCCUGUUCUGAGGAUGGCACUGUCAGAUUGUGGAGUCUCCAAACGUUCACAUGUUUGGUGGGAUAUAAAGGACAUAACUAUCCAGUAUGGGAUACACAAUUCUCUCCUUAUGGUUAUUACUUUGUGUCAGGGGGACAUGACAGAGUGGCUCGUCUGUGGGCAACGGAUCACUACCAGCCUUUACGGAUAUUUGCUGGCCAUCUUGCUGAUGUGACGUGUACCCGAUUUCAUCCAAACUCUAACUAUAUUGCCACGGGCUCAGCAGACAGGACUGUACGGCUCUGGGAUGUUUUGAAUGGGAAUUGUGUAAGAAUAUUCACUGGACAUAAGGGACCAAUUCAUUCAUUGGCAUUUUCUCCCAAUGGACGAUUCCUGGCUACUGGAGCAACAGAUGGAAGGGUGCUGCUCUGGGAUAUUGGACAUGGAUUGAUGGUUGGAGAAUUGAAAGGGCACACUGACACUAUCUAUGCACUCAGAUUCAGUAGAGAUGGGGAGAUCUUAGCAUCAGGUUCAAUGGAUAACACAGUUCGUCUGUGGGAUGCUGUGAAAGCAUUUGAAGAUUUAGAAACCGAUGACUUUACUACAGCCACUGGACAUAUAAACUUGCCUGAAAACUCACAGGACUUGUUACUAGGUACAUACAUGACCAAAUCAACCCCGGUUGUACACCUCCAUUUUACACGCAGAAACUUGCUGCUGGCUGCAGGAGCCUACAGUUCGCAGUAAAUCGGGAAGCUGUAAGACUGACUGUGCCAAGUGAUUGCAGUAGUGACCUCAGGAUGUGAGACGAGGAGGAAUGUCUUGUACAGGUGGACCUGUUCUGUUGCAGGGAAAAUGAAACUAUGUAAACUAAUGCGAGCAGUUCUAUUUCAUAUUUAUCCACAGUUUGGAAAUGCUGGAGAUUGACGAGACAUCAUGGCUGUAAAAGAAGGAAUUGUUCAUGGUGCUUUUGAUA